AUGCGAGGCCUGGGGCCGACGCUGACGGCGCGGCGCCUCUUCCCGCUGCAGCUGCCCCCGCGGCCGCCGCGGCCGGCCGGACCCCGGGUGUCGAGCGGGGCGGCGGCGGCGGCGGCGGGCGCCCCGGAGCGGGCCAUGGACGAGCUGCUGCGCCGCGCCGUGCCCGCCACGCCGGCCUACGAGCUGCGCGAGAAGACGCCGGCGCCGGCCGAGGGCCAGUGCGCGGACUUCGUGAGCUUCUACGGCGGCCUGGCCGAGGCGGCCGAGCGCGCCGACCUGCUGAGCCGCCUGGCGCGCGGCUUCGGCGUGGACCACGGCCAGGUGGCCGAGCAGAGCGCCGGCGUGCUCCAGCUGCGCGAGCAGCCGCGGGAGGCGGCCGUGCUGCUGCAGGCGGAGGACCGGCUGCGCUACGCGCUCGUGCCGCGCUACCGCGGCCUCUUCCACCACAUCAGCAAGCUGGACGGCGGCGUGCGCUUCCUGGUGCGGCUGCGGGCCGACCUGCUCGAGGCGCAGGCGCUCAAGCUGCUGGAGGGCCCGCACGUCCGGGAGAUGAAUGGAGUGCUGAAGGCUAUGCUCUCAGAGUGGUUCUCUUCGGGCUUCCUAAGCCUAGAACGGGUCACCUGGCACUCGCCUUGUGAGGUGCUGCAGAAAAUCAGUGAGUCGGAGGCUGUGCAUCCUGUGAAAAAUUGGAUGGACAUGAAGCGCCGCGUUGGGCCGUACAGAAGAUGUUACUUCUUUUCUCACUGCACAACCCCCGAGGAACCCUUGAUUGUGCUGCACGUGGCAUUGACCGGUGACAUCUCCAACAACAUCCAGGCCAUAGUGAAGGAGUGUCCUCCCUCGGAGACGGAGGACAGGAGUAAGAUCUCUGCGGCCAUCUUCUACUCCAUCAGCCUGACACAGCCUGGACUGCAAGGUGUGGAGCUGGGCACUGUCCUGGUCAAGCGAGUGCUCAAGGAGCUGCAGAAAGAGUUUCCUCAUCUUGGGACAUUUUCAAGCCUGUCUCCUAUACCUGGAUUCACCAAGUGGCUUCUCGGACUCCUGAGCUCACAAGGAAAGGAACACGGGAGGAGUGAACUAUUUACAGAUGCCGAAUGUAAAGAAAUCUCUGAGAUCACAGGCGGUCCCAUUAAUGAGACCCUCAAGGUCCUUCUCAGCAGCAGCGAGUGGAUCAAGUCUGAAAAGCUGGUCAGGGCACUCCAGGCCCCUUUGAUGAGGCUCUGUGCGUGGUACUUAUUUGGAGAAAAGCACCGGGGCUUCGCCCUGAACCCUGUGGCAAACUUCCACCUGCAGAAUGGGGCUGUGAUCUGGCGCAUCAACUGGAUGGCCGAUGUGAGCCUCAAGGGCAUCACUGGCUCCUGCGGCCUGAUGGUCAACUACCGGUACUACCCAGCAGAGACGGCCACAAACAGCACCAGCUACCUCUGCUCAAAGAACAUCAAAGCUUCCGAGCAGGUCCUCAGCCUUGUGGCCCAGUUUCAGAAGAACAGCAAACUUUAAACCCAUCCCAAAGCAGACGUCCCCGACUCAGAGGAGAACUUUAUGGAUGGGUCAGGGAGGGUUACAUAUGAAAAGGAGCUUUUUAUAGUAAAGGAGGGUUGGCGUGAGUUCUUUUGCCCACAGCAAGGUCACACUGGGAGGCUGUGCCCUGCCUUCAGUCUCAAGAACACAGGUGCGGUAUCUGAUGCCAGAUGAUAGUAGCACAGGUGGAUGCAGACUGGGCGAGGAUGCUGUGUUCUCCCCAGAAGAGGGGCCCAGGCCCCUGCCAGAGGUGGUGCUCUGGCACCUCCAUCCUCAGAAAGCUCUAGAGCCUCUGCUGGCUGUCGUCCCAGGGUGGACUGGCCAGCUUCACAAGGCCCCGGGCAUAUGGCCCGGGUGAGAACAGAUUUUCCUUCAAGCUUAGAACAUAAUCCAGCCACGGUUGUCUUAGCCAUUUCUCUCUACUCACUACAAAGGGACAGAGGGCUGUGCUACAUUGCCUCAAAUUUUGGAGAUCCUGAAUAUAUGAAAAUGUUCAUGGUGCACAGGGUUUACUAAAUUAAAUCGUUGAGUACACAA